AUGACACUCUUUUUGCAGUCAUUCAUUGACCCAAAGAAGAAGAUUAGGGAUUCAUCACCAGAUCGACCCAACGCCUCCGUAAUUAUGGUAAUUGAAACCCUAAUCGUUUCUUUUUCUAUGGCGUUGAUUUCAAAUUUUGUUCCGUGGAGAUUGAUUUUGGGUUGUGUUACUAUGUUAGGUCUUCAAUUCGAUCUGUAUGAUUCAUAUUAUGAUAUUGAUGUGAAGGAGGCUUUGAAUCGACUCCCCAAGGAGGUUGUUGAUGUGGGCAAUCAGCAUUUGAAGCGGGCCAUGGACCUUUCCAUGAAGCAUCAGUACCUUCCUGAUGAUCUUUAA